CGUUACAAAGUCAAAUAAACUAAAUAAACCCUUAAAUUGUUAAUUUCAUAAUCAAAUUUCCGAUGAAAAUAAUCUGCUUCCAUCUUAGGGCAGCGCGGCUUGUGAUUUCUCUUCUACUUACCUAAUAUCGAUUCUCAAAUCAAAUCAAUGGAAGGCGGUAUAAAAUUCAGCAUUCGAGAGCUCAACUCUAAUGUAUCUCUUCACAGAGAACAGCUUCAACAGGUGAAAUAUCUCUUGGAUGUUGACCCAGGAAAUUCUGAAUAUAAGGACAUGGAAAAGGAACUUAAAGAGGUGAUUGCUGUGGUAGAAGCUUUACUGGCAAAGGGAAAUGAGAGGUUUGGUUCGGUCAUUGGUACGAAUGCAAGUGCCUCUGACAUCCUGCAAUACUCAAAUAGUGUAGCUCAGUAUGAAAUGGUUGAUCCCUCAAAUUUACGAUCAAGUAAUGGUGAUGACGCGGACAUUGAUGCUUUAUUGAAAGCUGAAGUAACUAAACAGGCCUUGAAACGGAAAAUUUCAUCAGCCGCAGUUCCUGAUAGCCAGCCACGAAGUACAGUAAAACUUCGUAUAAAAACUAAGGACCCUGUCAUCAUGAACAUGUGAAAGUGGCAAAACGGAAGAAGAUACAUUCAUUUAAAUCAAAAGUGCGAAGGGAACAAAUUGAGAUACACUCACAACAGUUAUGCAAGGGGUUUCACAACUCACAAGGGUGAAACGGAAAACCAUCAACCAUUAGCCUAACUCAGAAUUCUCAAAUUUAUGUGGUUACUUGACCUAUGAAUUUUUUAUUUGCCAUCUACUUUUUAUAAACUAAAAAGGCCAACAAGGCCCUAUUUUUUUGUAUCUAUUCAUAUAUAACACUAGGUCUACCUCUUUGCUUGUUUCCAUUCUUGUUUUUGUCUUGUACCUUUAUUUUACCUAAAUAUUGGUAGUAAGGUGAGCAUAAAUCCAUUACUAGUGGAUGGAAAGAUUCAGUUUUUGCCCUUUUUUUUUUAAAAUUAUAGGGUGGGUUAAAAAAAUGAAUGAGUUAUCUAAGAAUCGAUGAAAAUAGUGGUAUUUGCUAUAUGAACUCAUAGAUUAAUUCUAGUCCUAUA